GCUGCCUAUGGCUUCCAGCAGCAACUCUUGCCUGGUAUGCGCCCAGGUGUUGCCCCAAAUUUCAUUAUGCCAUUCCAACUUCAAAGGCAAGGACAACCUGGACAUCGAGUAGGCGCCAGAAGAGGUGGGAACCCUCAACAGAUGCAGCAACAGUUGGUGCAUCGUAACUCCAACCAAGGCUUAAGAUACAUGGCCAAUGCACGAAAUGGGAUGGACCCGUCUAUGGUUCCUCAAGGUCUCUUGACUCCAAUGAUGCCAUUGCCUUUUGAUGUUCAACGUCCUGGGCCAGUGCCGAUGUCAGCACUUGCUUCUGCUUUGGCUUCUGCUUCUCCUGAAAAUCAGCGCCUGAUGCUAGGGGAACAGCUGUUUCCGCUUGUGGAGCGGAUUGAGCAUGAAAAUGCUGGAAAAGUAACGGGCAUGUUGCUAGAGAUGGACCAGACGGAGGUGCUCCAUUUGAUUGAGUCUCCAGAUGCUUUGAAGAGGAAAGUUGCUGAGGCCUUGGAUGUCCUCCAUUUAUCAGCACCAGGAUCUGAUGUCGGUGAUCAGCUAGGCUCAUUGUCGUUGAAUGAAUGAAGCAUAUACCCAAUUUUGCUUAGAGCAUAUACAUUUCUUCAUUUGUGUGCCCAGUUUUUAUUAGGGCUUUGACGAAGCUAUGAUUGAUUGUCGGGGUUUUUUUGCCUAUACUAAUUUUUAGGAUCUAAGGGUGACCAUUGAUUCAAUGGUAAAACUUUGACCUAAUAACCUUGAGGUUAUGAGUUCAAGUCUCAGGGCAAUCACUUUGUGCACUAUGCCAAAUGUUAGGUGUGUGCCUAAUCUUUUCCCUCAGAUACACACAUUAAUGUUUACUUUUUGGGCGUUGUUACUAAUAUUUAGGAUCUGUUCAACUUUUGAGGGUGACAAUGGUGUUCAUUGCUGAUUUUGUUUUAGGCUUCUGACUUGGUAUGGUGGGAUGUUGAAUACCUGGGAUUACUAGGAUUAUUAUUUUUGUCAGUUUGUUUAGGUUAUCCGUCAUUGACAUUUUUCUGAUGAGUAGUUGGUUGUUUUUGUUUUGACUUCUAUUUAUUCAGCUAUUAUUUUGAUCUUGAUCUUAAUUA